UUCUGAAUGGCCAGUAAAUUAAAAAUUUAGUAGCCAAAUUGGCCGGAGAGUGAAAAAGUUCAUUUCAAACCCUGCACGUGACCUACCACAUCAGUUGUUUCGCUUCAAUGCCAUUCACAAAUCCUCUCCUGUGGCCUCAUGGGAUAGUAAAGUGUCCAUUGUAUGCAAACUUAAAAUCUCGCCGGAAGUAGUAGGUCAUCCGGGUACUUUUUGCCCACUCUUUUAUGUGACUUGCUUCUUUUGUCACCUACUGCAUAGUAAGGAAGUAUGCGAUUUCGGAUGCAGCCUAUGGCGCUGUCCCAAAUGGCACAUUUCAUAUGCACUUACAGUCUUGUGGACUUACAAUGGUGAUAGUGAAGUCCACAAGACCAUAGGUUGUCCCAUUUGUCAUUUUAGGUUUCAGAAGGGUGCUCGCAAGCGCCUCCUUUUGCGGUCGAUAUGCGCCCUCGAUGCACACUUUUGCUGAGACCGCACUGGUGCGAGUUCUGCAGCAAACUUCUUCACGACAGCCAAAGCGGCAUUAUGUCACAAAAGUGCGGACUUGUAGGAAGACCGUGAGUGUUUAGAUUGCCAUUUGGGCCUAUGUCUCAAGUCAUGUUUGAGGUUGCUUAUUAUGUAUAAAGGAACAACAGCAUCCUCUAGUGACUGAAAGAUGACAGAGUAUGAUGACAGCUCUAUCACUGGUAUCUUGCAAAGUGUUUGUCUCCAAGUACUUUCCAACUUCAUUGUUGCAAAAAGUUUGUAACUGGUGUGCUUUAAGUUGCUUAGUUUCAUGUUCUGUAGAAAACACAAAUAAAAAAUAUCAACCUUUUUAAAAUAUUUGUCCAAUUUAUAAAAAUGCUCAGUAUAAUGAAAAAAAAAAAAUGCUUAGAUUCAUGUUUGACACAAAUUUAGCUCAGUGCAUGAGCAAAGUGCAAAUAAGCAUAUCAUCCCAUGCCAUGACAGUAAGAGGUACUAGUCUAGAAAAAACUGGUUCCUUAUUUUCAAAUUUCCUUAUUUGAAAGUACAGUGAACAGAUGUGCACAAAAUGCACUCAGCUUUUCCGCUGCCAACCUCAGAUGGUAGAUAUGCUGUGGCAAUGUCUGAGAGAGCGACAGAGAGAGUAAGUGAGAUAACUGCGUGUGUGCUAAUGCACUAGAAGAAAACUACAGGAACUAACAUUUGUAGGAGGGUGAAGCACAUUGACGGACGGUCACACUGUCACACGCUAAUCUACAAUGGAUCAAGCAACAGUCUACACUCUCAUGGGAGCAUCAGGAGGGGCAUCGCCACCUGCACUGCCCAUCAAACAGCGCAGGAGCACGUCUUCUUCGAGCUCCAUCCAUGAUCUAGAUCUGAAGGUGGAAGAUCUACUUUUGUCAGGACCACAGACCCCUGUGUCUCCAUUUGCUGAAGUGUUCACUCCUACCUACUGCAAUGCAGCCCACUGUCCAAUACAUCGUCGCUACGAAAAUCACCAGACAAGAUUCUUCUCAGAUCAAAAUCCUCCUCCAGUACCCAAAAAGAGUCUGAAGAGAACCCUAUCCCUCCCAGUGGAGGCUCUGGACCCAUCUUGCCCAGAACAUACAGGAGCCUACAACUAUGAAAAUCCAUUAUACAUGAUAGCACCUUUCCAGAGCACACUUACACUACAAGAGGAAGAGGUACAAGAUGAGCUACAUCAAGGUCCAUCCUUGCACAAGGUGAACUUUGAUACACCAGAUGAGCAACUUCAAAGAGUCUUCGCAAGCUUCCAGAGCCAUGAGCAAGUUUCCAUGGGUAUUCAAGAGUGUUAUCUUCAGUUUCUGAGUAGCACGUUGCAAAACAUUGAAUCGAGCAUCUUCCCUAAUGAACAGGAAAUGGAGAUGGCAAAGACAUCUCAGCCUAAUGACUUUAUAUUGUGUGAGCAGCAGUGGCCUGAGAGGGAUGCUUUCUACUUGGUGCGCUGUUCAAAGGUUCCUGGGAGACUGUUUUCAGCAAAGGUUCACAGAGACGAUCCGGUAUCAGAUAUAUCCAUGCCACAUCCUAACAUUGAGCAAAGAGUGGUCCAUUUCCCACAAUGCACAGCUACGGAUCAAACUUCCACCUCACAGCAUGCUCAGACAACUUCAGAGCCUUCACAUGGGGACACCACUGAAGUAUGCCAACAGCAAACAGUAGCUGAUCUUCUGGAGAAAGGUUUUAGUGUGACUGUGGUAAGAGACUUUCCAUUGGGAACACUAGAGGACUUUGUUGAGGAAGGACACUCUUUGCACUCUACCCUUCCUGAGGUUUAUGAGAGGAGGCUUUGUCUUCUUGCCCUCCAGUUGGUACAAGGACUACAGCAGCUGGGACAUUUUAAAGUAAGGGAACUGAAACCACAGAGUGUGACUUUAGUGUGGCCGCCUAUCACGAGUAAGGUGGCUGACACUAGGGAAUACCCUAGUGAAAUGAAAAAGGUAAGGGAUGUGGACACUUCUGAAGGUACACCCGGGAUCACAGUGUCCAAAGAGCAAAUACACAACAAGGGGACGAAAAGUGAGAUUUGUCAAACCUUAUGGGAAAAAUGGGGCACCCCUCGUGUGGUCUUGAAAAGCCAUUUUGAGGACGAAGUUUUUCAAGAAGCAGCAUCCCAAGAGUUCCAGUUGGGGACUUUGCUGAUGUACUGCCUACAUCUCACUGAAGAUUGCUCAUCUGUGUGGAAGUUGCCACAAGACACUCCAUAUACUCCAGGUUUGCUGUGGCUGGUCACCCAACUUACAUCUGAGAAACCUGGACUACUAUUGGCCGAUGUGGCAGGUGUCCUCAAGGCCUUGCUUUGGGGUCCACGACAGGGACUUUUUCAGCAGAACCAGCUGGAGAGCUCUGUGUUUUCUAAUUGGCUGCUACUUAAGCGAUCUCUUUUAGUCCUCAAGCUUGCAGAGAAAGGACUCUUUCAGGAUCAAUAUGGCUUGGACUGGGAAGACUAUCUCUGCCUGCAAUACCUAUCCCUUACUGACCCCAAGACUAUGCGUAGCAUAACUGAACGCAUGGGCCUUCAUGACUUUAUUAGACCAGCUUAACAUAAAAAUACAAAUGUUAACAUUUGUUAGUUGGUGAGCCUUAGAUAUAGCUGUAGAUUAAUGUAGCUAUAUACCCUAAAUUAAGUUUUUAAAUCCUAAAAACAGAUCACCUUGUAGCAUAUUUGUAAUUCAUAUUCAUGUACUGCUGUAUACUUCCUAUCAUAAAACCUCAAAGAAAAACAAAACAUGUAGAAAAAAAAUAGCUAUCUUGGCCAUGAAUUGUUCUCAUCUUUUAAAUUGGGGCCACAUUUGAUUAUUUAGUUUCCUUCUUUUAGGUAAAUCUAUGAGACACAUUAACUAAAAUGAGGGAACAAAUUCUUAAUUUGUAGCCACAAUAUUUUUUCCCCCUCACAUGUCAUAUCACUUUGUAGAUAUGCGUUACUUUUUUCCUGUUUCUUUUUGCUAUAAAGUUAAAAUGCAAAACACUUGAUACAUAUUAAACUAUUUUAUCAUAUUCACAGGUGUCAGAUUAUUCCAAUGUACAGUAAAGGCUUCAAUAUAUAUGAUGUAUUAUUACAAAAUCAGCUUAUUGUUGGAAGUUGACCUUGUGGAGUUUACUUAUUAACAACACCUGGAAAAAUGAGCAUUACGAAACAGCAGGGGUUAAAAGGACAAUAAAGUGUUCUGAAAAACCCAGUAAGACAUGGUCUAAUAAUUUACAUUAUGCACAUGGAAACGAAAAGAGGUAGCAAAACCAAGUGAGUGGUGUAGGGUGAGCAUUUUUUAUUUUGCACACUGUAGCAAACAUGCAUACAGAUCCUAUUGAGGCCAUAACUAAAAACUCAAAUUCAUGCACACAUCAAGAAAGAAAACACAACAACUUGAAGCCAACGGUAAAAAGAAAAUCAACAUAUCAGCAAAGAAAACCAUGAAUCUACAUACAUUGUUGCAUGAGAGAUCUUAUCCAUAAAUAUUAUGCUCUAAAAAUGAUCAUGUGUGGGAAUGGGUAAAGGGGAAUCAGCAAAGAAUCCAAUUACACUGGAAGUGAAGCCCAGUGGUAAUGGCUUAAAAACUAAUGGUCACUGUAGAAAUUUGGUUUACACUAGUGCAAAUACGACUGAAAAUACAGCACAACCCUUACAGGAACUACAACGUAGUAAUUAACAGGUGGAGGAGAGAGAGAAAAAAAAAAAAAAACAA